CCAGGAAAGGGCAGCGGGGGCCGCCUGGCCGAGCUGCAGGUCGAGGAGAACCCUUUGGCACAGCCGAGCAUAACAGCAUUCCAGAUGGGCGGCAUGGACGCUGCAUUUGAGCAGUUCGAGAAGUGGGUCUUCGGGAAGGAGAAGCCACACCUGCCGCCGGCGGAGCCGCCGCCGCCGGAGCCGCUCCCGCCCCUUUGGGCCGCGUCCCUCGAGUCCGAGCGCUUCCCCGGGUUCUUCCUCGGCGCCGAGGGAGCGCAGGCGGGCGAGGUGCUUGCAAGCUCGACUGCAACAGAGGUGCUGGACGGCGACGGGCAUCGCAAUUACAGCCUGUGGUUGCGGGAGUACGCGCACGGCAUCGUCUCCAUGGAGAGCGCGCAUUCCAGCGGGUUGUUCGUGACCGCCUUCGGAGAAGACAUAGAAUACCGAGAGGUCCGCCUGGCCGCCCCGCGGCCCGGCGGCGAGGCCGCGGGCUACUUCCGCUUGAGGGCGGCCGGGGGCGGCCUGGUGACGUUCGAGUCGGUGUGUUUCCCUGGCUUCUUCUUGAACGUGUAUGGCUCGGGCGCGACGCGGAAGUACGUCCAGCUGGUGCCAGAGGAGCCGACGGACCCGCAGAGCCACGCGUGGGGCUUCUUCCGCAUGGCCAGGGCGCCCCUGCCCGCGCAGCCAGUGCCGCCCCCGCCGGAGCCGGCAGCUGGUGGCCAGGGCAGCAGGAGCCUGGACGACGAGGACCAGCGGGCCAACAUUGUCGGCAGCACUGGAGUGGGCAAGAGGAUGUCCAUCAGCCCGAUCAGGAGCAUCAUGCGCAGCGUUCAGGGCGUCCAGAGCGGAGUCCAGAGCGUGCGGCGCAUGGGGGCAGUCGCGAGCCUGCGCGCAGCUACUCCCGUCAACAGCACGGUGGGCCGCCGUGGCCGCAGCCCUGGCAGCAGGCGCCGGGAGUGACGGAGCCUGGCGCGUUUGCCGAACAGGGGCCGCGCAAGCAUCGGGCGGAGGUGAUAGUCGAAAUGCUUGCGUGGGAAGGGGAGGGGGUGUGCCAGUCGUUUUCCAGAUCACGGCAGGCUCUGCCCAGAUGUUGGUAGCAGCCAUGCCGUUGUAUCACGGCGAGGGUAGCAAGGCCACACGAGCCAGCACCUGAUGGCUCAGAAGACAGCUCCGUUUCAUGCAAAGGGCCACAAAGGCGUGAGAGAAAG